AUGAAUAGAAUUAUCCGUGGUGUGAUCCAAUACAAUCAAAAAAUCAAGGCUGGAUUGGUGAAGCAGUUCGAGCACGUGAGCGACCACCCGAAUCCCACCGCUGUGAUGUUCACCUGCAUGGACUCACGGAUGCUUCCGACCCGAUUCACCCAAUCGGCCGUCGGAGACAUGUUCGUCGUUCGGAACGCCGGAAACAUGAUUCCCGCAGCACCAAAUUAUGGAAGUUACUCGGAGGUUUCUAUCAACACCGAGCCAGCGGCGUUGGAGCUCGCUGUCAAAAGAGGGAAAAUCCGACAUGUUGUCGUGUGCGGUCACUCAGACUGCAAGGCAAUGAAUACGCUGUACCAGCUCCACCAAUGCCCUACGAAGUUCGAUGUAUCCUCCCCAAUGGACCAAUGGUUGCGACGCAACGGAUUCGAGUCAAUGAAAAAGCUUAAUGAGCGACUCCAUAUUGGUCCGAAGACGAUGAAAUUUGAAUCCGAAGUAGCCCCGUCUCAAAGUUUCGAAGCUAUCAUUGACCCCAUGGAGAAAUGGUCUGCCGAAGAUAAGCUCUCACAGAUAAACGUCCUCCAGCAAAUCAUGAACAUCAGCACUCAUGAAUUCCUAAAAGAUUAUCUGGAAGCCGGAAACCUUCAUCUCCAUGGAGCUUGGUUCAACAUCUACGAUGGCGAGGUGUUCCUGUUCUCGAAAGACCGCAAGCGCUUCGUCGUAAUUGAUGAGAAAACCGUCCCCAGCCUCUCUGCGGAGUUGGAAAGACGAUGCCCAUUGCCAGAGGACAAAGCCGGCGACGUCGUGAUUCAAAAUCUACAUUAA